AUGUCUUUAAAACUCUUUUUGGUGACACUCUUUAUAUCUGGAUCCUUGGGGAAUCCAUUCUGGUCGCGGCCGCAGUACCAGACUGAUGACUAUUACACCUAUGAGGAGAUACAGGAGUAUCUCAAAGGCCUGGCUGGCAGUUAUGGUAACCGGGUGAAGUUGACAGACAUUGGAAAGACCCACCAGGACCGGAACCUUACCACCAUUACCAUAUCGAAUGGAGAUGGACGGAGAGGAAAGAACGUGAUCUUCAUAGAUGCGGGAAUUCAUGGCAGGGAAUGGAUCACCCACACCUCAGCUUUGAAUAUCAUCGAUCAGCUGGUUGUGAACUUUGAGGCGAACAAGGAACUACUAAAGGACUACGAUUGGGUCAUUUUACCGCUGGUGAAUGCAGAUGGAUACACAUAUUCCCGAUCAGGAAAGGUGUUCACAGAUGAAGCAAUCAAUUGCGGAGCAUUGAACUCUAAAGAUCAUGAUAUUAAGUGCUGGCGGAAGAACCUAAGACCCAGGAGAAACGGUUGCGUGGGCACUGAUAUCAACCGAAAUUUUGGGUAUGCAUGGGGCAAAGGAGACUCAUCGCCUUAUUCAUGCUCCAUUACCUAUAAGGGUCCUUACAAAUUCUCGGAGCCCGAAUCUCAGGCCUUACAAAAAGUACUCCUUGAUCUGGUAAGCUCCCGACGUGGCAUAUUGUACCUAACGCUUCAUUCCGCUUUGGCCGAGAUUUUGUAUCCAUGGAGUUCGAAAAGAAUCAAUGCCAAAAACUACAAGGAGCAUAAAGAAGUGGCUCAAGCUGGCGUAGACGCCAUAAGAAAUGCAAAAUUAAAGUCCUCUUCAAAUUACAAAGUUCUUCCUGCACAUAAACUAUAUCUUACCGGAGGAAGCACAAGUGACUAUGCUUACAAGAUUGGAUUUCCUCUAUCACUAAUUUGGGAGCUUCCGGCCAAAAGAGGAAAUUUAAAAUUUGAAUUUCAUCCGCCAACGAAACUUAUUAAGGAACUUGUUGAUGAAACCUGGAUUGCAAUGCGCGCCAUGGCAAAGAAAGUCAUUCAAAAGUAUCCCAAUCGUAAGAAGUCUAUUGGAUUGGUAAAAAACAAAUUGUAAUAAUAAUAGUAAAACGUUCAGAGACAUACAACAAAUGUUCGAGAAAGGCUUUUAACAAA